AUGUGGACUAGCAUUUCUGCUGCAAGGAAAUUGCUAUUACUGGGAAUUAGACAGAAGAUACAUUCAGGUUAUGAAAUUAAGGUAUGGGAGGAUCCAUGGAUUCCAUCGAACCCCGCGAGGCCAGCUGUCCCCAUAGCACCAGUGAUGCAUCCUAAUAUGAGAGUAAGCGAUCUUAUUGAUCAGGGAUCAAAGGAUUGGGAUGUGGGACUAUUGGAGAACUAUGUUCAUCCUGAGGAUAUACCAUUCAUAAGGAGUUUGGCCAUAAGCUCAACUCAUCGUCGUGAUACUUUCUGCUGGAACUUUACAAGGAAUGGCCAAUACACUGUCAAAUCUGGAUAUUGGGUGGCCAAGAAUUUAUUAAAGGCUAGGAAUGAAAAACUCUUCAGGGGAAUAGAUAGAGAUCUUUUGGAACUAGUUAGACAUGCAGAGAGUGAAUGCCAAGCCUGGUUUGAUGCUAAUGAAGUAGCACAAGCAGUGGCAAAAGAUAAUAUAAAUGAGGAACCCCAAGUCGUAAGCUUUGGAAAUAUUUGCUUGUUAGAUGGAUCUUGGACAUCUUCUGCUAACUUUCGUGGAAGCGGAUGGGCAUGGAUGGAUAGUUCUGGGAACACUCAACUUAUGGGGACAAGAAACUUCCCCUGA